GACUACUUGGCGCUGCUUUCAAUGUAAUUUUUUUUCAACGGGAACCGUUGGAGUUCUUUCCAACAACAAUAAACAUUAGAAAGACAACCGUUUAAAUUCCAACUUAUUAACAAUAAAAUGAUACCAGCACAACAAUCAAAAAGUUCACGACGAUCAUCGAUUUUGAAAAUUCCAAAAUCUCGUACAUCGUUAACACAAGGAGGGGAUUCAAAUACUUCUACAACCGAUGAUAGUCCGACUGUCACAACUAAACUUAAGAGAAGAGUUAGCUUUGCAGAGAAAAAACAUGUCAAAGAAUUUUGUGAUUCAAUUGAACAAGGAACUGUGUGGGAUAACACUUAUGAAGAAAGUGAUUCAAGCCAAAUGAAGACAAAUCAAUCAGACAAAUUUACAGAAGUUUCUCAAUUAUCUAAUACUAAUGGCUAUAAAGUACAAAUUUCAUCUAAUGUGGAAAUCCAUUCUUCAAUUACAGUUACAAAUAAAUCAUUUCCACGAUCGACACCUAAAUUGGUACGUCAGAAUGCGAUUGAUUAUGAUUCGUUACCUCUGGGAAUCAUUAAUGAUUCAAAUAAAAUUAGACAAUCCACGAUAUUAAAGAGUUCUGAUUUUCUCAUAAAUAAAGAAAAUAUUCCGGAAAUUUUAAAAUUAUCUACAGCAGACAGUUCUUUAGUUGAAGAUGAAGAAAUUGUGACUUGUACACAAAGAUCAUUAAAUGCCAGUCCAUAUCCAAAGUUUUCAGUUUACUGUGAUGAUGAAAUAGAAAAAAAUAAUGUAGAUCAUUUGAAUUGCAGUAAUUAUGAAAAUGUUUCUAUGGAAUGUACAAUGUUAGCUGGAAAUUCUUCUCCUGAAUGUAAUGUAGAUAAAUAUGAACCAAACUAUUGCAAGAAUGAUGCAUUUAGUAAUAAUGGAGAUCUUGAAAAGACAACUAUGCCCACAGAAAAGACACAAAUGUUUCAUGAUAAAUCAAUGGAAAUCACUGAGGCUAUACCAAGUACUAGAUUUUCUCUAAAACCGAGUGCUAUUAAUGAAGAAAAAACACAAUUCUUUCACAAUGCAUCAAUGGAAAUAACAGAAGCUAUACCAAGUGUAAAAUGUAUGGUCGAGUCCAACCGAGUUAACGAUGAAGCAACACAAUAUUUUCAAAAUAAAUCUAUGGCAAUGACAGAAGUUAUAUCACAAAUGAAAUACCCUUUGUCAUCCAACUAUUUAGAUAAUGAUAAAACAAAAAUUUUUCAUAAUAAGUCUAUGGAAAUGACAGAAGCUCUAUCUAAUGUAAAAUUUUUACAUAUUAAACCCAAUUACCUUCAAAUAGAUAAUGAAAUUUCUCCUGAUAAUUCAAUGGAAAGGAAGGAAGCUUUUUCAAAUGUGCAAUGUUCUGCUGUAUCUAACCCCUUGAAUAAUGAAAAAACAACUGUUUUUCAUAAUAAUUCUAUGGAAAUGACUAAAGUAGUAUCAAAUAUAAAAUUUCCCACUGUAUCUAACCCCUUAAAUAAUGAAAAAACAACUAUUUUUCAUAAUAACUCUAUGGAAAUGACUGAAGCAGUAUUAAGUACGAAAUUCUCUACUGUGCCCAACUGUUUUACUCUAGGAAACACUGAAGUUAUCCAUGAUGAUUCAUUCGAAAUGACUGGAGUUAUUCCAUUCGUUAAAUUUCCAUUGUCCAAAUCUAGUGCUAUAAAUGAUGAAAGGACAACAGUAUUUCAUGAUAAAUCUAUGGAAAUGACUGAAGCCAUAUCGAACAUGAAAUGUUUUAUAAACUCUAAAUCUAAAGAUGAGGAGAAAACACAAUUCUUUCAUGAUAAAUCCAUGGAAAUAACAAAAGCUGUAUCAUACAUUAAAUCUCUUUCUAGCAGUGAUGACAAUAAAAAUAAAACCAGAGUGUUUCAUAAUCAAUCUAUGGAAAUGACUGAAGCUAUCACUCCAUUAAAAUGUACUAUGAACCAAAUCAAUUUAAAUGAAAAUUCCAUUCCUACAUUACCGAAAAAUACAACGAAUAUCGAAUGCCCUACAAAUGUAACUCUACAUGAUGAAAAUGACCAUAAUAAUUUUAUGGAGUUUACAGAAGCAAUUCAGUCUAUCAAACGACCGUACAAUUUAAUUGAAAAUGUUGAUAAAUCAUCAUCAGAAUUAUCGACACCGAUUGUAAAAAAUCCUCGCUAUUCUACAAUACCUGAACAGAACAAAACUAUCUUUGAAGAAAAUCUCAAAAAACUUCAUCAAUUAUUACAUCAAGAUUGCAAUAAAAUUAAUUCUUUAUCACAGACAGAAUUAUUGCAAGAUAACUGUACUUCCGCGACAAAUGUCAUAUCUAACCGACAACUUACUUCCGAUGAUACUGAUGUUACGAAAACGAUAGAAGUAAUUCCACCCAUCCAACAAAAGAAAGUAUAUGGGGAUGAAACUCCAAAUGCUGAUUGUACUUCUCCUGUCAAAACUCCAAAUCUAAUAGAACAAGUAGAUCCAAUUAAUUUGAAUCUAGUUGUUCAAAUUGAAGAGCCAAAUAAACCAUUAAAUAACAAAGAUACUUUACUGACAUUCAAAGAAAAUGAUUUAUUGAAGGAAAAUCGGUUCUCUGCAAUAACAAAAUCUUUACAACAGACAAAUAAAAAUACAAUCAAACAAUCUAAAGUUAUUGAAUCAACUUCAUCCAAUCCCAGUUGCAAUAAUAUAUCAGAAGUUCCUAAUUUAUUACAAGUAUUCCAUACAGUUGUGAAAGAAACUCCUAUUUUGUCAAAACAACAAGAUGUAUCCGUUGAAAAAGGUCGAUUUCAAAGUAAUCAUGCCAAUAAUGCACAAAUAGAAGAUGAUAUAACAUAUGAUUUAACCAGACCGAUUCAACAACAGAAAGAAAUUGAGAAAACUUUUUUGGAAUUCGAAGAAGCACCAUCAUUCAUGUAUGAUCAAAACUUGUCAGACCAAUAUUCAAAAAAAGAAGAAGAAAACGAAUUAUUUGAUGAACCUCCUGUGCCAGAACUUAGUAUGACUGAAGUAUGCACUUCAAUUAAUACAAAAAGUCUUAAAAUAAAACAACUUACUCAUACACUACCGGAACAAGAAAUCUCUAAUAUUCAUGAGAAAAAAGAUGACAUUAAAAAAAUCAAUUGUCAAGUACUCGACGAAAAAAAAGAAGAAAAAAUGAAUAGAAGAGCUACAUUUGUUGUGAAAAAACAUGAUAAUUUUAACGACAUUGUUAGAUCAACUACUCACAGUGAAGUUGAAUCAACAGAAAAGAGAAUAAUCAAUCAAUUUAAUGGUGAUAAUGAAGUUUUUGAUACAGUUAAUAAAAUAAACGCUGUCACAAAUUUAAAUAGAAAAGAGUAUGAAAAAAGUGGUAACAAAAUGGAUGAUUGUGAAAUUACCAAAGAGCAGUCAAUUUGUAGAACAUCCAUUCAAAUAAAUUUACUGAAUGCUGAUAACGAAAGUCAUGUAAAUGAUAACCAACUAAUUAGUGUUAAUACAGUAUCGAAGAAAAGAGAGGAAGAACAUGUAAAAGAUGUAAUUAAAAAAUUAAAAAAACAUGAAGAUAAAUCGGUCAUUUCAGAAAAUGAUACUAUUAUUAAAAACAUUGUACAAACUGCAAAAGAAUUUGCAGAACUCAAAACCAGAAUGAAAUAUAUGGUUACGUUAGGUAUGAGUACUACUAAUAAAACUGAAGAAGACAAACCAUUAAAAAAUGCAGAUGAACUUAUAACAGAUACAAAUAAUGAUAAAAGCCCUUACGAAAUUUUGAACGAAGGGCUUAGAAUGUAUGCAAAGAAUGAUGAAUGCAUUUGGAAAAUUUCUGAUAUAAAUCCAGAAAUUAUUUGUAUUGAAUAUUACAAAACUGCUAUUCGUUUGUUAAUCAAAUUAAACGUGCCAGAUACCAGUAAUGAAUACGAACGAAUAACAAAUGUGCGUAUUAUUUCAAGGUUAAAUGAUGAAGAGCGCAUUAUAUUUAAAAUAAUUGAUAAUUUAAUUAUUCAAAGAAUUAAUACUCAAUCUCUGGUAGAAGAAUAUAAAACAUAUGAAGAUAUUCCAAAACUUAUUCAGCGUGUUACUAAUGAAAUUAAAGUAAUUUAUGAUUUUUAUGAUGAUUUUGAGAAACUUAAUCGAAAAUAUGUGAUAGAUAUUUUAGACGAUAAUAGAAUAUCAUUCGUACUUAGAUCACAGCAUAUGAAUACAAUUAUUCGAUUAUCGAUCAAAUUAAAUUUUUUCACAAAAAUUCAUCCAGAGGAUUUUAAAAGCAUUAGCUUAUUGGGAUCCAAUGUACAAAAUCAUGUGGAAACAUUGGCUAAAUCUACAAAGCCGGGUUCAAACUUUUUAUCCACAUAUAUAAAGCAAGUGGAACAAUUAUUAAAUGUGUAUUAAUCAUCACACAAAAAAUUAAAAGGAGAAGUAUAUACUAAAAAAUAAAGGAGUAAGUGAGACGGAGAUACACAGGUUGGACACGACAUCUAGUCUCUAUUUUUGAUAAUCGAAUAUAAAUAAAAAUAUUUUGCAAUUUUUACAUAGUAAAAAAA